AUUGUUGCUCGCCAUAAUAUUCGCUUUUAGUGUUUUGAAACAGCUGUUUAGGCGCCAUGUCGCGAUUUAUACAGUUUUUGAAAAUAUUGCUAUUUAUUUUAGUUCUUUCCCUAGAAACCACCAAAACCAAAUCCGAGGAUUCCAGCGAAAGAGACCGAGAUGCCGAGAGUAAAAAGGAAAUUACUUCCCAAAGCAAGGCGAAACCGUGCGGUCCUCAAAUGUUGACAGAUCCAGAUAGCUGCUGCAAAGUACCCAGGCUGAUUGAAAAAGAAACGCUGCGAAGUUGUGUUGGAGGAUUUGGGGCUGGCAUGGGAGGAGGAUUAUCACCAAAGGCUCUGCAAAGCUUUGGAAAGCUGCAAACGUCUGUUAGGGAAAACGUUGGCGGAGAAGCAGUGAAAUUAGCAAUGGAAAAAGGCCCACUGUGCGCCUCUGAAUGCAUUUUGAGAAGUCAAGGCUAUAUUAACUUGAACGGAGAUUUGGAUUUUGAAGCAAUCAAAGAGAAACUACUUAAAAAUUCAAGUGACGACUGGAAGAAAAUUGUUGAGACAGCAGUCGAGAAUUGUUCAUCAGAACUUCAAGGAAAAAGAAUAUAUUCGACUGCAGCCUCUGGAAACAAAGAAAACGUCUGCAAAGCUGAUGCAACCGUCACUAUGUCGUGUUUGAGAAGAUACUUUAUUUUGGAAUGUCCAGAGUCAGCAAAGGGGAGCAACAAAGAUGGAACGUGUGAAAAGAAUAGAGAAUUCUUGGCAAAAUGCGACCCAUUUACACUCACCACCGAGGCGAUUGAAGGAAAGUUUCCCGAUUUCAUACGUCAACACAUUGGGAAUAUGAUGGGCCUUUCAAAUGCUAGGCCAGGCCAGAAGCGGCGGAGGUUUGGUUUUAUUGGCCAGAGAGGAGGCUCGUGGGAACUUGAACCGGAGAAGAAGUUGCCAGCCGUGAUGAUGGGAUGAUUGGAGAUAACUAAUUUAUAUUGUAUAAUCAUUUUCUAUUUUAUUUUGUAAAUUUAAUUUCAUUUCACGUAAAAAAAACA